AUGUCACCGUUAUUGUCACACCCCCAAGGCGAGGGGGAGGUAGAGGAUAAGAGAGAGGACGUGGGAGAGGAGGAGAGGGAGGAGGGAGGAGGAACAGUGGGAGCGAAGGGAAUGGGGCUUAGCAGAGAGGAUGUGAGAGAGAAAGGAGAGGAGGGGAGAGAUUACGGGAGAGAGGAGGGCAGAGAGGAGGGGAGAGAAGAGGGGAGAGAAGAGGGAAGAGAGGAGAGGAGAGUGGAAAAGGGAGAGGAGGGGAGAGAGAAGAAUGAAGAGGAGAUAAGUCAGGAAGGUGGUGCAAUGUUAGAGGAGGGGGGAGAUAUGGGGGGACGUGAGGGAGGCGGAAGGCAUAUACAUGUGGAAGGUGGGAAAGAUGAGGAAGUUGGGAAAGAUGUGGAAGUUGGGAAAGAUGAGGAAGUUGGGAAAGAUGAGGAGGUUGGGAAAGAUGUGGAAGUUGGGAAAGAUGUGGAAGUUGGGAAAGAUGUGGAAGUUGGGAAAGAUGUGGAAGUUGGGAAAGAUGUGAGGAUGUGGGUGGACGGUGCAGCAAUCACAAAGGAAGGGUGUGAUAUGAGGGGGAGAGGGGUAGGAGGAAGGCGUAUACAUAUGGAAGGUGGGAAUGGUGUGGAAGGUGGAAAAGAUGAAGACAAUGGGAAAGAUAGGAUGGAUGUGUGUGUGAGAGGGGGUGGUGGUGGGUACAUAGAAGUGCACCAUCCACUGCCAGUGCUGGCUCUGCACGUGUGGGCGGAUAACAACCCCUCUAACGGCCCUUCCUGGGGCAGAGAGGAGGAGGAGGAAGAGGAGGAGGAGGAAGAGGAGGAGGAGGAAGAGGAGGAGGAGGAAGAGGAGGAGGAGGAAGAGGAGGAGGAGGAGGAGGAGGAAGAGGAGGAGGAGAAAGAGGAGGAGGAAGAGGAGGAGGAGGAGGAAGAGGAGGAGGAGGAAGAGGAGGAGGAGGAAGAGGAGGAGGAGGAGGAGGAGGAGGAGGAGGAGGAGGAGGAGGAGGAGGAAAAGGAGGAGGAGGAGGAGGAGGAGGAGGAGGAGGAGGAGGAGGAGGAGGAGGAGGAGGAGGAGGAGGAGGAGGAGGAGAAGGAGGAACGCGCAUCGCAGCUGGUGGGCAGCUUUGGUGUGAUAGUCGACCAUGCAGAGGCACGGACGGAGGCUGGUGGGCUGGUGGGCAGCUUUGGAGUGAAGGUCGACCAUGAAGAGGCACAGACGGAGGUGUUCCCCGAGCGUCAAGCCAUGGCCUUCUCACCCUGUGGCUCCUGCCUCUGCUCUCCCUUCUCCUCCUUAGCUCAUGCCUCUUCCUCUGCCCUCCGUUCUUCCCCUGCUUUCUCUGCCUGCCUUCCACUGUUCCCCUCCCUCUCAAGCCUCUCACCCACGGUUCCCAACUGCCCACAGAUGUGGGCUGUGGUGAUGGUGAGGAGGGGGAGGAAUGAGGGUGGGAAGGGUGUGGAAGAGGAGACGAGUGGGGGGAAGGAGAUGGGGAGGGGUGUGGAAGGGAAGGGCAUGGAGGGAGGAGGUAUGGAGGGAGGAGGAGAGUGGGUGGUGGUGGCAGCAGGGGAUGGUGGUGCUGCGUGCUGCUGGGUGAUGGACAGGCAUGGGAGGUGA